AUGGGUGCCAAUGGGUCCAGCUAUUCACACUCCUGUUCCCCGCGCAUAGGAGGAAGUUCACAGCCACAGCAGACUUUCAUAGGGACAUCGUCAUACUCUCACCAGGGCUAUGGCUGGGAGUCAAAGUUGUACAGCCUGGAACACGGCCAUGAGCGGCCGGCCGACAGGAAGAAGAAGAGUCUGGGGCUGGCCACUCUCAAGCGUAGGUUCAUCAAGCGCAGGAAGUCCAGCCGCUCAGCAGACCACGCUCGACAGAUGCGGGAGCUGCUGUCCGGAUGGGACGUCCGUGACACAAACGCCCUGGUGGAGGAGUACGAGGGCACCGCUGCACUUAAGGAGCUCAGCUUUCAGGCCAGUCUAGCCCGUGCUGAUGCCCCCAAUCUACAGAGGGACCUGGCAGCAUUGUACCAGCACAAGUACUGCACAGAUGUAGACCUCAUCUUUCACGGCACAUGCUUCCCAGCACACAGGGCAGUCCUGGCUGUGCGCUGCCCCUUCUUUAAGUCCCUGCUGACAUCAGCUCCGGGCUAUGGAGCAGAGGUUCUCAUGGAUGUAGACACAGCAGGCAUCGACGUGCCCAUGUUCUCAGCCUUACUGCAGUACCUCUACACAGGGGACUUUGGUAUGGGGGCAGCAGAAGACAGCCGCCUCCAAAACGUGGACGUCCUGGUGCAGCUCAGUGAAGAGUUCGGGACUCCUAACUCCCUGGAGGCCGACAUGAAGGGCUUGUUCGACCACAUGUGCUACUAUGACGCUCUGCUCAGCUUCUCCUCGGACUCGGAGAUGGUGGAGGCCUGUGCUGAGAGAGGGGCUGUAGCCUGCCCCCCCACUGCAGGUCCAGGUGGAACUGUGGCCCCUGGGACCCCCGAAGAGGACCUGAGGGCCCAUAAGGCCAUUCUCUCAGCACGCUCUCCGUUCUUCAGAAACCUGUUACAGAGGCGUAUCCGGACAGGAGAGGAGAUGACCGAACGCACACUGCACACCCCCACUCGCAUCGUCCUGGAUGAAUCCAUCAUCCCUCGGAAGUACGUGCAUGUCAUCCUGCACUGCAUGUACACGGACGCAGUGGAGCUGGGGCUGGUGCUGCGAGGGAGCCCGUCCACAGGGAGCCUGGGCGAGGUGCAGGCGUUGGUGUCAGGGGGCCGCGGGGCCAGCACCCGCACAGAGGAGGCCAUGGAACUCUACCACAUCGCUCUCUUUCUGGAGUUCAGCAUGUUGGCUCAAGGCUGCGAGGACAUCAUCGUGGAGAGCCUAUCCCUGGACUCGCUGGUGCCCAUCCUCAAGUGGAGCUCGCAGCCGUACGGGUCCAAGUGGGUCCACCGUCAGGCCAUGCACUUCCUCUGUGAAGAGUUCAGCCAGGUGGUCUCCUCGGACGUCCUGUACGAGCUGGGCAAGGAGCACCUUCUGUCCGCCAUCCAGUCGGACUACCUGCAGGCGAGUGAGCAGGACAUCCUCAAGUAUGUGGUGAAGUGGGGCGAGCAGCAGCUUAUAAAGAGGAUGGCAGACCGAGAGCCCAAUCUGCUGAGUGGCACUGCGCACAGUGUGAACAAGAGGGGCGUGAAGAGGAGGGACCUGGAUGUGGAGGAGCUGCGGGAGAUCCUGUCCCCCCUCCUGCCGUUCAUCCGGACGGAGCACAUCCUGCCCCCGAACAGCGACGUGCUCGCAGACGCGCUCAAGCGCGGCUUGAUAAGCACUCCUCCUCUGGACAUGCUGCCCACGGCUGAAGGGGGCAAAGCCAACGCCUGGCUGAGGCAGAAGAACGCUGGCAUCUACUUGCGCCCGCGACUGUUCUCCCCUUAUGUUGAAGAGGCAAAGACUGUUCUGGAUGAGAUGAUGGUGGAGCAGACAGACCUGGUCCGCUUGAGGCUUGUGCGAAUGUCUAAUGUCCCCGACACCCUGUACAUGGUCAACAACGCAGUCCCCCAGUGCUGCCACAUGAUCAACCACCAGCAAAUGACCAGCAACUCUUCCUCCGCUCCGUCUGUCGUAGCCAAUGAAAUUCCAGUGCCUCAGCUGUCCGUGGUGAAGGACAUGAUCCGCCGGCUGCAGGAGCUGAGGCACACGGAGCAAGUGCAGAGAGCCUACGCCCUGAACUGCGGUGAGGGCGCCACUGUGAGCUACGAGCUGCAGCUCAGAGUGCUCAGAGAGUUUGGGCUGGCAGACGGUGCCACGGAGCUGCUCCAGAACCCCUACAAGUUCUUUCCCGAUGAACGAUUUGGAGACGAGAGUCCGAUUCUGGCCUUGCGACAGGUGGGUCGCUGUCGUGUGAACAGCAGCCCGGCGAUGGACAGCAUGUUCACAGAUAUGGAAGGAGUGGGAGGCUUCCACCCUCCCCUCCCUCCACCGCCUCCCCCGUACCACCCUCCUGCCACCCCCAGUCAUUCCCAGAUUAAAGGGGCCUGGAGGCCUCGGGUGCCCAUGCCCACACCCACCCGCUCCUUCUCCUACCCCUGUAACCGCACCCUCAUCCAGAGACAUGUGUCCUCAAAACACGGCAGCUCCGAGUACGCGUCUGUGCCCAGACCCCAGCCCCCAGACUGCACCAACCCCCAGGCCAUGGGGCGAGCGCUGCUGGACCAGCAGGCGCUGAACGUGGAGCCGCUGAUGAGAGAGUUCAUGCCUGACAUUGCUCUGGGAGUGUCGGUGCUCUCUCUGAGGGAGCAGCACAUGGACAUGGACAGAGAGGGGCCUCACAGUCCUAUGGCCCCCACAAGCCUCCACCUGUCCCAUGGCCCCUGCCCCUCAGCUCGCCUCAGUCACAGCCACGGCCCUGGACACGGUCACUCCUGUAAAAGACAUGCCCCUGAGCCCAAGUUGGAGGCUCAGGCAGAGUUUCCAGAUCUGUAUGACUUCUCCUGCCGCCCUGCCACCCCCACCUCUGGUCACCCUCGCCCGCCUUUCCCAGGGCCUGAUCUUUACAGCCACAGCUGCACCUCUGGCACCUACCAGCCCUCUUACAUUUGUGACUCUCAGGCCCACUCCCACUCCCAGGGGCGAAGUGUCCCUGACCCGCUGCGGUUGGAUGUGCUGGGGAUGACCUCACAGAGACACGAGCCUGUCCUCGCCAGCCCUUCUGGGGCCCAGUCUAGGAUGGGACAUGUCCAAAGGGGGAGAUCAAAUGAAACAGACUUGACCCAUGGCUUAGGUCAUCUGCGCUCCCCUAGUGGAAAUGUGGACAGUUAUGAGGACAGGCACACAGGGGCCAGAGAGCCGGCCGAGGAGAUGGUUUUGGGGGCCGAACAGUCAGGCCCCUCCCCUGUCCCCCAGAACCACAGGAACAGUGUGACGGAGCACUCUGACCGCCGCUCUCCCAACAAACCUGAAUAUCCUUAUAAGAAAUCAGCACUUUAA